CAUUCAGACCUCAAAAAACAAAAACAAAAAAACUACUCUUCCCAGUGAGCAUCGCGGCUUAAGACCCGCCUUCCCCGUCGGCGUUUGCCUUCUUCGAAAACUACAUUUCCCAGAAGCCCACCGAACCGGCGGAGCUCUCUGGGACAGGUUUGUGCUACUCUCCAACCCUACAAAGGCAGUAAGAGACGCGGACCUUUUAACCGCACUUUUAAAGUUGAGUCCCGCGCUCAACGUGACGCGGAGUGAUGGAGGUGGCGGCUAAUUGCUCUUUGCGCGUGAAGCGGCCCCUGCUGGACCCACGCUUCGAGGGCUACAAACUCUCUCUGGAGCCUCUGCCCUGUUACCAGCUGGAGCUGGACUCAGCUGUGGCAGAAGUAAAGCUUAGAGAUGAUCAGUAUACACUGGACCACAUGCGUGCCUUUGGCAUGUUUAAUUACCUGCAUUGUGAUUCAUGGAAUCAAGAUAAUAUCUACUUUGUCGAUCAGCUUGGAAGAAUUAUGAACUUAACAGUUACACUGGACACUGCCUUAGGAAAACCAAGAGAGGUUUUCAGACUCCCUACAGAUUUAGCAGCUUAUGACAACCGCCUUUGUGCAUCUCUUCAUUUUACAUCUUCUACAUGGGCUACACUGUCAGAUGGAACAGGUAGAUUGUAUCUUAUUGGAACAGGGGAACGUGGAAAUGGUACUUCUGAAAAAUGGGAGAUUGUGUUUAAUGAAGAUCUUGGAGAUCCAUUUGUUAUACUUCACAGUAUUUCCAUUAUAAAAUCUGAGGAUCAUUCAAUAGCUACCAUACUUCUUCGAGUUGAAAAAGAAGAAUUAGAUCGGAAAGGAAGUGGCUUCUAUGUUUCUUUGGAGUGGGUUACUAUCAGUAAGAUAAAUAAAGAGAUUCAAAAAUAUGAAAUUACUGAGCGUAAAGUGCUCCAUGGUAAAUCAGUUCCACAUUAUGCUGCUAUUGAGCCUGGUGGCAAUGGUCUAAUGAUUGCUUCCUGCAAAUCCUUCAGGUUUGUUCAUGAUGAGAAGCACGAUGAAGAAAAUAAAGAUGAGACAGAUAACAAUAAAGUAGAACCUUUGUAUUACUGGCAGCAGACUGAAGAAGAUCUGACAAUAACAAUACAUCUUUCAGAAGAUGUUUCUAAAGAGGACAUUGAAAUACAGUUUUCCCCUGAUCAUAUCAGUAUUGCCCUAAAAAAGCAGCCAUAUUUGGAAGGAAAACUCUAUUCAUCUAUUGAUCAUGAAAGUAGUACAUGGAUAAUUAAAGAGAAUAAAAGUUUGGAGGUGUCUUUGAUUAAGAAGGAUGAAGGACUAACAUGGCCAGAGUUAGUAUUAGGUGAUGAGCAAGGAGAAUUCAUAAGAGAUUCAGCCCAGUGUGCUGCAAUAGCUGAACGUUUGAUGCAUCUGACAUCUGAAGAACUGAAUCCAGAUCCAGAUAAGGAAAAACCACCAUGUAAUGCUCAAGAAUUAGAAGAGUGUGAUAUUUUCUUUGAAGAGAGCUCCAGUUUAUGCAGAUUUGAUGGCAGUACUUUGAAGACCACUCAUGUGGUGAAUCUUGGAAGCAACCAGUACCUUUUUUCAGUCUUAGUGGACCCCAAAGAAAUGCCCUGUUUCUGUUUGCGUCAUGACGUAGAUGCCCUACUUUGGCAACCACACUCCAGCCAGCAAGAUGAAAUGUGGGAGCACAUUGCAACUUUCAAUGCUUUAGGCUAUGUCCAAGCAUCGAAGAGAGACAAGAAGUUUUUUGCUUGUGCCCCCAAUUACUCCUACGCUGCCCUCUGUGAGUGCCUGCGUCGAGUGUUCAUCUACCGUCAGCCCACAGCCAUGUCCACUGUGUUAUAUAACAGAAAGGAGGGAAGGCAAGUUGGGCAGGUUGCUAAGCAGCAGGUAGCCAGCCUGGAAACUAAUGAUCCUAUUUUGGGGUUUCAAGCAACAAAUGAGAGAUUAUUUGUCCUUACUACAAAAAACCUCUUUUUAAUAAAGGUAAAUAUAGAUAAUUAAUGAUGCCAACAUGCUGACUUCUCUAUACUUGAGAAAAGUUGAGAAGUAUCUAGAAGGCUGAGAAGUUAAACUGAAUACUGUUGAUUUUAAUGUAAAAAAAAAAUUGUGCUGUAUCUAGUUUUAUUUUUUAAAAGGAUUUCUUCACUGUACUCAGUAGAUUUUUAGCGAUCUGAAAAUGGUAUCAAGUGUUUCAGCUCCAGUGUUAGUUACAGCUCUAAAGAGAAAUGACCUUAAUAGAAAAUGCAAGAAUAUGAAUAAUAUGUACAUAUAUAUUUUUGUUAUUUUGAUUUGUUUAAAAAAAAAACUGAGGCUAAAAUCUGAUCUUUUUGUAUGCAGUUGUACUAUGCAGUAUUUACCCAAUAAAAAUAUUUACUACAUUCCCUUUGUAUAUUGGUACAAUUUGCUACAUUCUGGAAUAUAUGCAUUAACAUUUGUUUAAAGGUUUGAAUAUAAUACUUGAAUCUGCGAAGAUGAGGGGAAAGAAAAUACUGCAUCUGGGUAGUCAUUAACCCAUUGACAGAGGAACUUAAGACCUGUUUUUGAUUUCUCCUUUAUCUUUUUUUUUUUUGCCUCAGAUUACUUUAUUAUCCCCUUUUAUUUUUAGAAAAUCAUCAUUCUUUUGACUAUAUGUUUCACUGUGCAUAAAGACCUACUAUAACAUUACAUAUUUAUAUAGGUAAAAUAAUGUCAUUACAUGUGUUAAGUUUGUUAGUCUAGUUUGAACAUAUAAGCCUGUUAAAAUUUAAAUAAAAAUAUUUUCAGAAUAAUUAUUUUGACCUUUUAAAUUAGUAUAGUGUUUCGCUUAUGUUACACAGGUAUUUAUGAGACACUUAAUAAAUUAAUUUCAUAUAUAUUUAUACAUAUGGAUUAAGUACAGAUGUAUUUAUAAUUUUUUUCAGGUCUUAAUUGAUUUUCUUCUACAUAAGAACAGGAAUCUUUUUUUUAAUAAAUUGACUGAAGUUCAUUUGAAAACUUCUAGUCAUGCCAGUUAUGUUUUAGGGAAAAAACUUAUUAUCAAAUGUGAAGUAUUUGUUGUCCUUGUACAUAGAGAACCACAGAAUCUUUGAAUUUAAAAGGACAUCAGAGAUAUUCUAGAAUACCCCACACCUAAGCAAGAAUCCUCUCUGCAACACGCCCAAGAAGUCCAUACUUCCAGCCUAAAUCUCUCUCUCUACAACUUCUGUCCAUUCUUCCUUCUGCCCUAACGAUAGUCAGAAGAGUCUAAUAUUUAUCCCCAGAUGGUUUUACAAAUGCUUGAAGACAGUUCUUUGAGUACCGACCAGUCUUAUUUAGCUGAUCAUAUUUUAUGCAUUGCAGUGAUUUGGUUCUCCUUUCCCUUUAUUGUAUUCUCAGACCUACUGUCACUGACUCUUAAUCCCUAACACAGAACCAUAGAUGUAACUUUACUAUAUUAAAUACACUAGCAAAUACAAAUAAUGCUGUUAACUGAUCUGUUUUUGGAAUUUAUUGAAUAGUAGUGACAGAAGGAAUUAUUUCCUUCCGUUUCACAUCUUUCCUUUUUGGUACCUAUUCCCAUUCCUAGUCACAGUUAAAUAUGAUUUUAUAGUUCAGUAAUGGCCUAAUGUUAAAGAUCUAUAGGGAAGUAAUAAAUAAGACCAAAAUCCAUUUCUAAUUUAUGCUGGGUCAAAGGAUACAAACAAACAUCUCAAAAGAAUUGAAAACUGCUAACACUGUAUGAAAGAUUGCUACUAAGGAUUAAUAAGAGAAAUACUCAUCAAGCAACUCUGAAUUUACCUCAUGGCCAGAAAAUUGUCAGAGUUGAUGAAAGACGGGAGUACUCAGUGUUAGAGGGCCUGUAAUGACAGGUACACUGUGGAGCUGUCUGUCGGUCCAAACAUUCCGGAAAGCAGUUUAGAAUUAUGUUAAAAAGAAGUGACUAAAACAUUUACACUCUUUGACAGAAAGAUCCCACAAGCAGGUAUAUACACAACUCUGUGUUUGUGUUUGUGGAUUUUACACAUACCCCAAGGAGGUUAGAAACAGAAAAGAAGGCCCUAUGUAAACCAAAGUAUUUAUAGGAGCAUGUUCUGCUAAAGCAAAAAUAAGCAAACAAAUUGAAAAAGCCUAUACAAUUUGUGGUAUAUUCAGAUAAUGGGAUAUUAUUACACCAUAA